AUGCCGUCUCUCACACUAUGGACGCUGCUCCUGGUGGGUCUGUCCGCCACCUUUACCCUCACUAAAAACACCGCAGCUUCGAGCUCGAUCUGUCUUGAAACCUCGUCUUCUGGCUCGGUCAAUGGAUCGAAAGGCUAUCUCAUUGCUCAGGCAGGGGAAACCACCGAAAUCCUCACCUCUCGCGAUGACGCACAGGUCGUUCACCAUGCGGCUUUGAGCUUUGCAGCUGACCUCAUGCAGAUGGUCCCAUCCUCCAACGUCCUGGUCCGCAACGUCACCGCUGCAUCGAUGAAGAUGUCAACACAACAGCAACAAGGCAAAGAGAGGACGGUAUUGGUAGGCACCGAUGGGUCGAGCUUGAUGCGCGAGUUCGCUUCCAUGGAUACCAAUGUGCGCAGAGAAGCAGACAAGGUGCGAGGCCAGUGGGAAUCCUGGUCAUCAACUUUGCUGGGUGCACAGGGACUCGUGCUAUUGGGUUCUGACAAACGUGGUGCUGCUUAUGCGCUGUACACCUUGAGUGAAGAGCUAGGUGUUAGCCCGUGGAAGUGGUUUGCCGAUGUCAACCCGACUCGGUCUCACGAUGCUGUCUAUUAUUCUCCUUCCAAUGCUUCCACUGAGGGUCAGCAAGGAUCAUUUGGUUCAACUUCGUGCUCCCACGGCCCACCUUUGGUCAAGUAUCGUGGUAUAUUCCUCAACGAUGAAGCACCGGCACUCACCAACUGGGCUCGUACCCACUUCAAAGGUCCUUUCCCACCUGAGAAUGCCCCGCAAUCCUUCAACGAUGCGAUGUACGCCCACGUCUUUGAGCUGCUGCUCGGACUCAAGGCCAACCUGAUCUGGCCUGCGAUGUGGUCCGACAGUUUCGCCGUUGCCGGUCUGCCAGAUCUCCCAGGCAAGGGUGUCAACGGAACUGGCGCUGCUGGUCCCAACCAGCUCCUCGCUGACCGAAUGGGCAUCGUCUUUGGCACUUCACACCAGGAACCCAUGGCACGUAACACACCCGAGUGGAACACGUGGUAUCAAGGUCCUUGGGACUACACCACAAAUCCGGACAACAUCACCACCUACUGGGAGUACGGCGUCGAACGUGCUCAAGGUCUCGAUACCAUGUUCACGAUGAGCAUGCGUGGCAACGGCGACAAAGCACUGGACGGAGCCAACAUGGAGCUACUUGAGAACAUUAUGGCAAAACAGAAGAGCCUUCUGCCUCACGAUGAUGCCAAGAAUGCAUCCAAGGUCACUGUCCCCAUGAUCAUCUGUCUCUACACCGAAGUGCAGGGCUACUACAACGAAGGUCUCAAGGUUGACGAUGACAUCACGCUGCUGUGGACGGAUGACAACUUUGGCUUCAUUCGUCGUAUCCCAACUGAAGAAGAGAAGAAGACUCGGUCUGGUGGUGCUGGUCUCUACUAUCACGCAGACUACGUCGGUCAUCCUCGUUCCUACAAGUGGAUCAACACAGUCAACCUCGUCAAUGCUUGGGAACAGCUCAACGUUGCCUUCCUCAACGACCAGACUGAGAUUUUCAUCCUCAACGUCGGCGAUCUCAAGCCGGUCGAAGUUCCCAUUCACUUCACUCUCAACAUGGCUUACGACAACACCGGCUUCCGUCACGCAUCUAACGUUACCACUUGGCUCGACACUUGGGCUGCCAAAACGUUUGGCAUGGGAGCCAACAAGGAGCAUCUCAAGAUAGCUGAAGUGGUGCGUGGCUAUUCGUGGCUCAACUCUCGAAUCAAGCCUGAGAUGGUCAACUCGACUACCUGGAGUGUAGUCAGCCAUGCCGAAGCCGAAUCUGUUCUUUCUCACUGGAACCGGCUUGUCUCGAUCGUGGAGGAUGACUUGAUGCCCUACUUCCACAAGAGCCCGAACUGGGAUGCAUUCUAUCAGCUCGUAGCAUAUCCCACCCUCGCCUCCGCUAACCUCAACAAGAUGCACAUCGCUGUUGGACGCAACAACCUCGCCGGCGCUCAGUCGAAGAAUUCUGCCAACCACUGGGCCCGUCUGGCGCGCUCCCUCUUCAAGCACGACCAAGAACUAACCCAGGCCUACCACUCGCUCGGCAAGGGAAAAUGGCAGCACAUGAUGUCUCAGCCACACAUGGGAAGCCAAUAUUGGCAGCAGCCUAUGCGGAACAUGCUCGAACCUCUCGCCUUCAUGCAGGUGGAGGAUGAGGAAUGGCCAAACACUGCCCUCGGAAGCAACUUGAGGGUGAGCGUGGAUGGAAGCAUGGGUGCUUGGCCAGGCGAUAACCAGUACAACUGCAAGGAUGGAUACAACUGCCCAGACCCCAAUUUGAGGGUUUUGGGCAAGUACGACGGUGACCAGUCAAGAAGAGUUUCGGUCGGUGCGGGUGAUUCGAAUCCUUUCUCAUUCAGCGCCACUACAAAUGUCACCUGGCUGAGUGUCGAGCAGCGACUUACCACUCUUGACUCGUUGCCGUCUUCGAUGGGCAACUCAAGCUCGCAGCACCAGCAACGAGAUUUCAUUUUCCAAGACGGAGCAAGGUUCCUACAGAAGCGGAAGAAUGGCGGCUUUAACGCCGGCGGAAACUUGGACGACGAAUUUGAGGUCUCACUGCACGUCGACUGGUCGAAGCUGGGAGAGUAUGAUUGUGCGGAUGUUAGCUCGGUGAUGGAGAGGAUGCAGACGGGCAAAGUGUACAUCAACACGACAAGCAUUGCUGCAGGACAAUACGUUGGCAUGUCAGCGUUGACCAACGUUACUGUCAGUCUCACUGUUGAUCCUUGCACUGCCAAUUCGGCGUCGAAGGGCACCUUCAUCGGCUCUCCUGCUGAUCAGUCCGUUUCGAUGCUCGCUGCUCACGCAACCAAAGAGCCUGCUCGAGACGCUAAUGCAACGCCUACCUACAUCGAGACGCUCCCCGACUACGGCUUGAUCGGAUCAGGAGUCACCGUGCUCCCUCCCACAGCCGACUCCAUCCCUGUUGGUGCGGGUCCCUCGCUUGCAUUCAACUUCUUCAUCCCACCCUCCUCCAGCAAAGCCAGCGACAAGGGAACCACCUCGUUCAAUGUGACAAGCUGGCUAGCUCCCAUUCUGAACUACAGAGACAAACGACCUCUCAAGUACGUUCUUGAACUCGACAACGACCCUUCCUCGCGCACAGAGGUCACGCCCGUACCGGAGAACAUCACUCCCGGCACAAACUCAGCGGAUUGGGGCAAGGUUGUCAGUGCCAACAUUCGGAAGGUCACCACUGAGCUCAAGGCAAAGAGUAACGGAGGUGUGAGUGGAGAGCACACUGUGAGAUGGUGGCCACUAGAGCCAGGGAUUGUGCUGCAGAAGGUGGUUGUGGAACCGAAGGGGAUAAUGAGCACAUUGACGAGUCUGGGCAUGCCUGAGAGCGGGCGUGCUGGAAUGAUCUAA